AUGGAUCGCGCAAGGAAGAGAGAGCUGCGCAACCUAAAUGCACGGGCAUGGGCCAGGGAGACGGGUAUCUUCCCGGUCAACAAAUCUCUCGACUCCGCUUUGAAGAAAAACACAGCUUUUAUCAAACGUCUCCGAACCGGUAUUACCGCUGCCGCCCUCCCUACUUUCCUUGCCGAUAUCCGCACCCUAUCACUGCACAAGUAUCUAUCCGAGAUCAUAUCCGCUGCCUACGAAGGAUUUUGCAAACUUAAGACCCCCGGAGAAAUCGCCGCCGCUGUGGAAAUCGCCAGCGCCCUGCACCAGCGGUUUGGUCCCGAUGAGUUCACCAAGCAGUUGGGAUGGCUGUUGGGUCGCGGCCUGACAACACCGGAUAAGGCGCAGUUGAAGGCAUGGACGCAAGAUGUGCGUGAGCGGGAGGAGAAGGAGCGGCUGAGCAGGCAACGGGUUCUGUUGCGUAUCGUGACUGAGUUAUGGCUUGUGGGGUUUCUGCGAAGCCUGGAUGACGUAGAAAGACCGGAUGAUCUGGGUACAAAGGGCCAUGAUGGUUCGGGUGCUAUUGGCGGUGGCAAGGGUUCUUCUCCUUCUGAUGGGGCUGCGAAAUCCAAGCCAGCUCAAGCUGCUGCGAAGGCUGAUCAGGAUAAGGAGGCAGAGCCGUUUCCGUUGGAGGUUCUGAAAGACCUUUUGGGACAUGACCGCGAGCAUGUCAAUUUACCACUGGCGGUUUUGUUUGCGAGGACGUAUAGCUGGGAUAUCUUGGGGAGCAAGGGGAUGGAGGGAGGCAGGAAGAAUGUGGAGGCAGAUGGCGCGACUACGGAAUCUCCAAUGAAAGAUAGGCCGGAGAUUGGAUCUGGCGAUGAUGAACCUAAUGCUGAAUCAACGGGAGAUGAUCCUCCGCUAGCAUCUGAGAAGCUUCAGCUCCGGUUUAGAAAUAUCCUUAAUCGGUAUCUGGAGGAUGUUAAAACCCAUGUUGUCAGCGAUCAAAAAGGCCUGGCAACACAAAGUCGCAAAAACGCAGAGGCAUAUGUGAAGAGCGGUGAGAUAUUCGAAGAUCGACAAUCUAAUUUUGAGAAGCAGUCAAAGGCGCACGAAAAGUUCGUCUCGAAUACUCAGGCCCUUUGCGAAAUUCUCGGGUCCGAUAUGCCAGAUCUAAUGGAGAAAGAGACGGGUGAUUCCACACUUGGUGGUGGCAGUAUAGGCCUCGUAAAGACCGGAGAAUACUUACGUGGACAAGGUGAAGGCCCUGGAAUCUGGGAAGACGAAGAGGAACGUCGAUUUUAUGAAAAUUUGGUAGAUCUAAAGGGUAAAGUCCCAGCUGUUCUACUAGAGGAUGGAAAAAAGAAGAAGCCCGAUGGAGAUGAUCAAGUAAAAAAGAAGGCUGAUGGCGAAGCUACAAAUGGUGUGCUAGCAGACCAGUUUGGCAAAGGGGAUGCCACGAAACCGGGCCUGUCUGCCUCAGAAGCUGCCAAUACUCAAGAAGUUGAUGAUCAGUCUGCCUCUAUGGUUAACAAAACCGUUGGUGCUCAAGUUGAUUCGUUGUUGGCAAAACUACCGGAACUCCAAACUAAGGAUUCGGUUGAUCAGCUGGCGCUGGAAUUCUGCUUUCUCAACUCGAAAGCGUCUCGAAACAGGCUUGUAAAGGCAAUCCAGGAGGCACCCAAGGGCCGCACUGAUCUGCUUCCUCUUUAUGCCCGCCUAGUUGCUACCCUUGGCCAGUAUCUACCUGAUAUCCCGCAGGGCCUUAUCAGCUAUCUUGACGAAGAAUUCCGGAGUCUCCAACGGCGCAAACAAAAGGAAUUUCUAGGUCAGGUCCGCACAAGCAAUAUUCGAUAUCUAGCUGAACUGACCAAAUUUGGUGUUGUCCCCGAACAUGUCAUUUUCCACUGCUUCAAAGUCAGUCUCGACGACUUCUCUCGGAUGAAUAUUGAGAUCAUUGGCAAUCUGCUGGAGAAUUGUGGUCGAUACCUGCUCCGAAAUCCAGAAACCUCCCCACGGAUGGCAUCUUUCCUGGAGACUCUUGGUCGAAAGAAAGCAGCACAGCAUCUUGGCCAGCAAGAGCGCAUGAUUAUUGAGAAUGCGAUGUACUACGUCGAUCCUCCGCAGCGACCCGCUAUCCAGCAAAAGGAGCGUACUCCGAUGGAACUUUAUAUCAGGAAACUACUCUACCUUGAUAUGAAUAAACGGAACUACCCUAGGAUUUUGAAAUGUAUCCGGAAACUUCACUGGGAGGAGCAAGAGGUCGUCCAUAUUCUUGAACGAAUAUUUAGCAAGCCUGGGAAGGUGAAGUACAGCAAUAUUCAUAUCCUAGCAAUUCUUGUCAGUGCCCUCUACCGAUACCAUCAGGAUUUUGUCAUUGGAAUUGUAGACAACAUACUCGAGAACAUUACUCUAGGGUUGGAGCAAAAUGACUUUAAAUUCAACCAGAGACGGAUCGCUGAGGUUAAGUAUCUGGGGGAGUUAUACAAUUACAAAAUAGUCGACUCACCGCUCAUUUUCGAUACGCUUUAUCGAAUCGUUACGUUCGGGCAUGAGGGAGGUAUUCCGGCUCCAGGGAAGAUUAAUCUUCUUGAUAUGCCUGAUGACUUCUUCCGAAUCCGAUUGGUGUGCACUCUCCUUGACACUUGCGGAUACUACCUAUUUACGAAAGAUCCAGUGCCCAUGGAUGUGGAUUUCCUCGUUCAGGAUACUUAUGCUUUGACCCGCCCCCAGUGGAAGAUUGCUACUGAUCUUGCUGAAGCUACACGCCUUUUUAGUGAAGCCGUAGCACAGAAUUACAAAAUAGAGGAGUCCACUCAAGAAGCGGACAAAGCUCCUGAGCCAGAUCCGGAUGGAGAGAGUUCAUCUUCUGACGACGGCUUUGAACACGAUGCAAUCCCAGAUGCGGACGAAGACAAGGAUGACGUAAACUCAUCUAGCGACGAAGUCGAGGAGACCGUUCGUGGCCCAGAUCAGGAUCACGAUUCCGAAUCUGAAGAGGAACAAAUCUUCGUUACUCGCCAGGAAGAGCAGCUUGACCCCGAAGCAGAAGCAGAAUUUGAGCGGGAGUUUGAGAAAAUGAUGGCCGAAAGUUUGCAAUCCCGCAAAUUCGAGCGCAAGGCAAUGUUCGAUGUACCCCUGCCAAUGAGACGCACUCCACACAAUCCGUCAUCGGGUGCGGAAGAGAACGGCGAAUCCAGUCAGCAUACGCCGAAUACAAUGGCAUUUUCCCUAAUGACGAAACGAGGAAACCGACAACAGACACGCACGAUCGACCUACCCUCCGACUCCAGUUUUGCCGUGGCGAUGAAAACCCAACAACAGGCGGAGCGCGAAGAGCAGCAGCGCAUCAAGAACCUGGUGCUAAAUUAUGACUUAAGAGACGACAAUGAACCCAAUGAUGGUCCAGAGAAACGCUCCCAUCGAGACACGCGGACCGCAGAUAAAUCGAGCUCGAAUCGUAGCGGGUUCCGUUCCCGCAAGUUGGCAACUUAA